ACAAUGUAAGAAAUUGAGUUUUUUUUCAGAUACAUUUGGAACCAUUUCAUAUUUGGUGUUACUGGGCAAUAUAUACCACUCAAUGAAAAGAAUCUUCACCUUCAUGUGUCAGUACUUUCACAAUCGAUGGCGAAUGUGCGGGUCAUUGCUCCACUGUUGAAACUCGAUAACAUAUAUCAGGUAUCAAAUUCAACGUUGAUUACGCUUAGUGGCGAUCUAUCUCAAAACGAAGACGGGAAACAACUAAAAGGAAUAGAAGUAACAUCUGAUGUGAAUAUAUCAAUUACCUACAUAACAGUUGGAAGUGCUGACUGGUUUGAAGGAAUGCUAGUCCUUCCGACAAAAGCGCUUGGUAUGCAUUACUAUGCUGCUUCAUAUCGGCCUAUUUCAUCUUUCUCCAGUGAAGUUCUCGUCGCCGCGAUAGAGAACGACACUGAUGUUGUAAUUAACAUAACUCUGAACCUUCAUGGACAUGGUAGUACAUCAUUCCGCUUGCAAAAGUACGAAACAUAUCAAUUUAAGUCAAAAUUCGACGUGACAGAGAGUUACAUCUCCUCAAAUAAACCUAUCGCUGUUAUAUCCGGAGCUGCUCUUGUAAACAUACCUCCAAAUACUGGCGACACCCAAUCUCUAAUCGAGCACUUGACACCGAUUAAAUACUGGACAACCCAAUUUAUUGUUCCACCAACUUAUCCCCGAACACAUUUUGUUUUGAGAAUAUUUGCAAGUAAAGAUGGAACUUUAAUGAGGUAUCACAGCAAAGCCGGGAACCAUGCAAGACAUAUGAGGAAAGGCCGGCUUAUAGCAUUGACAGGGGGAUCUGACCCAAUGACAAUUACCGCAAACAAACCUAUAAUGGUCGUCCAAUAUGGUCACGACGGAGAUAACAUAGCGGGGGAUCCAUUUAUGAUGAAUGUACAAGGUGUGUCCCAGUUUGUUGACUCAUACAAGUUUGAAGUCCCUUCAUUUUACGACAGUGGUAGUAAUAGUAUAGCAAUUACAACAAAGAAGGCGGAUGUCGGCGGUAUUGAGUUGAACGGUCUGCCUAUUGGACAGUGGGAAAUUAAAACAUUACCUGUUGUUAGUCCCUUUGCAGAUUAUGUUACAAUUUUCGUGAAUGUGACAGCUAACAACUCUUAUGAUUUGUCUCACAGCGGGGGAGCAAAGUUUGGCGCUUUUCUGUAUGGACGACCUGGUAUUGCUGCGGCAUAUGGAUAUCCCCUAAGACUUAUGUUACAUGAUGCAGAGAAAAAUUGUACGCUUCCUUCCACCACCACCAUCACUACAAUACCAACAACAACACCAACUACAACCACUAUCGUAACCACAGCAGUAUCUACAGCAUCCACAACAACCCUUAGCUCUUCAUCCACAACUAAACCAGAUUUUCAUUGGUGUUUCAAAUGUGAAAAUACAUCAAACUUAAAAGCUUGCAAGAAUGUUCAAAAGUGUAAUAGUACCAACGAGAUAUGUUUUAUCAACCGUCAAUCGUCACCGACUGGAAACCUUUACUCCUCCGGCUGCAUUGAUGCUGAUGUAAGUCAUACAUGCAAUACAAUUAGUCUAACUGGCGAAUAUGAUUUUAUUCUAACAUUCUCUGUGAAGUUACACAAUUUACGAAAGGACUAUGGAUUUGUUUCCGUUAUAUAUCCCGCAAUAGUAUAUUGUACUCUAACAAUUUCGCUUAUUUAACAUGCCACUUUUACU